AUGCAUGAUGAGUUUGUAGCUGCUGUAGAGCGUACCUACUUCAACUUUUCGGACAACUGGGGCAGAGGUGGCCUUUCCAUCUCUGAAGUCAUCGAUCUGGCAAAAGCGGCGGACAAAAUCAAACAGAAUCCAGAUGUGUUUAUACCGUUCUGCUUUUCGAUGCAGAAGCUGAUCGAGCAUACGGACAAGAUUGAGAAGUGGGCGAGUGUGUAUAGUGAUUACUUGGCAUCACAAAGAGCGCAGGAGAUUUUGUUGGAAGCUGAUGGACUUGCACAAGAGGAUCCUGCUUUGCAGUGGACAGAAGAUGGUUGA